GUGAACAAACAUGCUCCAAAUUUUUGUUUGUAUAUCCUUUCCUUUGCUCAUGUAAAUGGAACAAGUCCAAAUCCCUCACGCAAUACAUAAUAUACACAGAAAACAAACGAGUCCUUUUCAAGUUUGAUGUUGUGUUAUAAUUACUUUUGUUGUAUAUGCUGGCUUCAAAAUUGAACGAGCGACAUGAAUGAGUACUUAUCUCUCUUCUCUCGCUAGCUGUUUAUAACCAAGACACUAACUAGGUAGCAUAGAAUUGAGAAGUAAUGGAAAUGAAGAAGCCGUGUUGUGAAGAGUCAGAGACAAUUGUUGGAUCCUGGGAAUGUUGGUUCGACGAUGCAUGCAUCGUUGACAUGGAUUACUUUGUGAAGACCCUUUCAAGCAUCAAACAGAAAGGUGUUCGUGCAGACUUGAUUGGUUCCAUCAUCACUCAUUAUGCCUCCAUAUGGCUCCCUGACCUCUCUUCCUCUGCUGAAAAUGGUGUCACCACUCACUUCCAAUCCCCCGAAAGCGUCACAAAUUCAUGGAUGAAGAAGAGGUUCUUUGUGGAAACCUUGGUGAGUGUUCUGCCUCCUGAGAAGGAUUCUGUCCCAUGCAACUUCCUCCUUCGCCUUCUCAGAACCGCCAACAUGGUUCGUGUUGACGCCACUUAUAGAGGUGAGCUUGAGAACCGGAUUUCGUGGCAGCUAGACCAAGCUUCUCUCAAAGAGCUCAUGAUACCCUCCUUCAGCCACACGUGUGGGACACUCUUGGAUGUUGAGCUAGUCCUCAGGUUGGUUAAGAGGUUUAUGAGUUUGGACCGUGAUGGUGCUGCUUUGGUUAAGGUGGCCAAGUUGGUUGAUUGCUACCUCGCUGAGGCUGCUGUGGAUGCCAAUUUGACCUUGUCUGAGUUCAUUGCACUUGCUGGAGCUCUUCCAAGUCAUUCAAGAGCCACGGAUGAUGGCUUGUACCGAGCCAUUGACACGUAUCUAAAAGCACAUCCAGAUGUGUCAAAGCAAGAAAGGAAGGGCCUGUGUAGGCUGCUUGAUAGCCGGAAACUCACAACGGAGGCCUCACUUCAUGCAGCUCAGAAUGAACGGUUGCCUGUGAGAGCUGUGAUUCAGGUGCUCUUCUCCGAACAAACCAAACUCAACCGCCACAUAGAUUGGAGUGGCUCCUUCAGUAGCUUGAGGAGCCCCAAUGGAGGCCUUGACCCACCAGGACGAUGCCUUUCAAAGCGUGAAACAAAUGCUCAGCAAAUGGAGAUAAGGAAGCUGAAGGAAGAUGUUUACAGGCUGCAAAGCCAGUUCAAUGCCAUGCAAGGGCAGAUGGAGAGAAUGGCGGCGAAGAAGAAGGGCUUAUUCAAAUGGAGGAAGUUUGGAAUGCCUACGUUUAGCAGAAAUGUAGGAGAGGUGGAGAAAAUUGAAGAAGAAGAGGAAGAGGAGGAGGCUGAAAGGGAAGUUGGAUUUGGAAGACAAACACCUAUGGACAUGAAAACCAGUCUGGUCAAAAGGACUCCCCACAAGUGGAGGAAAUCCAUGUCCUGAAACAGAAACUAUAACCGAUGUAAUUUGUGUUAUUUUGUUAUAUUAUACAAGUUCGUUUUUUUGGAGUUAGACUCGAGAAAUAAUGUAAGAUAUAACUCUGUCGUAUUUGGAAUAAAUUCAAUAAAGAUGUGCGUAUACCAUCAUAGUUCUAUAUUCA